CUUUAGCACAUUCUCCGCAAAACGGAAGAGGUCAGUGAUCGUUAUGUGCCCGUGAUGUGUUGCUCUGUGUAAUUUUCUUGUUUUUAAGGAAAAAAAUAAUUAAAACAGAGUAAAAUAUUUCUGUUGAUUCCGAUAUAUUCUAUGAUGACAACUCCAGAGCUAGAAUUAAUUCAAGUGCAGCUGAAGUCGGCUAUUCAAAAUCAUCAGAUCCUGGUUUCUAAAAUAAAGGCUGAUCUACAGAAUGUGGAGCUAAAAACACAACUUCGUGAUUUACAGAAACAGAUUACAGUUUUAAGUGAAAAACAGAGGAUUAUAGUUCAGAGUUUGCGUAAAGAUAUUAUAACAAAGAAAUCACCAGUGUCAACCCAAAUGAAUAUUCAGCCUACUUGCCUACCACUUGGAGCCACAAGUAUUGCCAUUACAACAGUGCCACCAGCGGCACACGCUAUGACUCAACCUGCUCAUUUAUUACUCCAGCCUGUUGUCAAUCAACUCAUUCCAACUGUAUUUGCUGCUCAGUCUAUUGGUCAACCAAUCUCACCUCAAAUAUGUGCUAUGCCCCAGUUUGUCCAAUCUAUUGGUCAGUUGGUGACAUCAUUACCACAACCAGCUCAUAUAAAUCAACAAAUCUUGCCACAGCCAACGAACAUACAAACAACUCCUGUUAUUCCUAUCCAGCCAGCCAGGAUAUUACCAGCACCUCUCCCUGUCUCUCUGAUUCAAACAGCUGUUACUAAUGUGGUUAGCUCAGUUAUAAAGACAGAUAAAUCUCAGCCAUCUUCACCUUUACGAGUACCUCAGUAUCCUAAGUCAAGGUCAACUUCACAGGGUAGUUCUAAGUCAUCCUACUCUACAUCAAUACAAAGGCAACCUUCAUCUGAUGAUCUUGGUGAUAGAACUGUUGAUAAAAAACCAACUCCAGAAGAAAAAGAGAAACUGAAUUUUAUGAGUGCUCUAGAACUUAUUACAAGGGAAGCAUUAAAUGAAUUGAAGAAUAAAAGAUAUGAUAGAAGAAGAAGGACUACUGCUAACCCACUGUAUAAUUUUGAACCAGAUAUAAGAAAGAGACCAAAUAGUUUAACAUUAAAUUCACUUCCUGGUGGUAAAAGGUCCAGAGGAAGACCACCUAAACAAAGUCGUACCUCACCUUGUAAUAGUCAUCCCAGUACACCAGAUAGUAACGAUAGUUGGACUGGCAUUAAAAAUGGUGUCUUUAAAAAUGGGGCUUCUGAGUUCCAAGAAGUCAGAGACUUGUCUUGUUCCAAAUGUGGCAUGGUGGAUAACCUCAUUCCAUGUGACACUUGUCAUAGAGCUUACCAUAUUCAUUGUGUAGAACCAUCAUUACCCAGCAUUCCAGAGGGAAGAUGGAGUUGUCCUAAAUGUCAUGCCAAUGGAAAAUCUGGUACCUGGUCUGCUGAAACUCUGGCUAUGGUACAUAACUUUAUUGCCAACAAAACUGCUAAAGAGGAAGAGAAACGAAAACUUCAAAGGAGAAGUUCUGAUUUACUGGCUGAGAAAAUGAUGAUAGAAAAUAAAACUAAAUCACUCAAUGAAACUCUUAUGCAACAACGACAAAGAAAAGAAGAAUUGUUAGAAAGACACAGAUUAACCCAACAGUCUGUAGAGACAAUGAAGAAUUUCAUCAAAGUUAUACAAGCUUCUUAACCAUUGUCUUGCAUGUCAAUAUAAAAUCGUACUGAUACAGUAAUCUAAAAAGAUUCAAAUAUGAUAAUAUGGUCCAUGUGUUUAUUGUGCAUAUUUAAGACAUGUGAUUAUUCAUAGAAUGAAAGGCAACAAUCUUCUAAGUACAUUAAAAAGAAGUUCAUAUGAAGAGAAAACAUGAAAAUAGAUUUGUUAUUAUUUAUAUUUCCACUAAAUAUUUGGUUUAAAAAACCUAAAUUGUAUACAGUAGGAUAUAUUUUUGGAGAAUAACAUUGUUUGAUACAGUAUAAUAUUGAAAGAAAACAAUUACAAAUCAUGAAAUAUUUUUUGAACAGUUUGAUUUUGCGCUAUUCAAAUAAAUACAUAGUACUUUACUUAUUUUAAUUGGUGAAAGUUUUGGAUAAAAUCAUUGUCUUUAUACUCAGGCCUAUGAAUGGAGAGUUGUCUCAUAGGCACUCAUUGACACUCACACCACAUCUUAUUAUAUCUAACUAUAUGCAUUUUUAUGGUGAUGAAUGCAAUCAAAUCUGGAUUACUCAUGCCUUGUCAAUAACAGUGCUAAUAAGAAUCAGUUUUGGUGGGGAAAAGAGUGCUUUAUUUAAAAGCAUUUUUAACAAUUGUUUUAAGAAUCUGAAGUUUAAAAAGUUCUUAAAAAGUAGUCUACUUUUAAAUUGAAGUUAACAUGAAUUGGUCUAUUAUGAAAUUUUAAAAAAAAUUGUUACUGUUAUGGCGAAAAUAUAAUUCAUGAGAAUAUUAAGUGAAAAUGUUCAUAUAUAUAAAAAUGAUUUACAUGCAUGUAAAAAUAAACUGUGCUACGUUGUAUAAUUUACUUAUUAUUUGUUGUUUAAGUUUGAUAUAUAAGUAUUUGUGAUGUGUACAUGUUGGCCGUCAUUUGAUUAUAAUGUAGAAUCUGUAUAAAAACAAACUGUGAUUUUCAAAAUCUUGGCAAUUAGACAUUUGAAUUACAUCGUGUUUGUUCUAGGAUUUCCUUAAUUUUUUUUCAAGAGAUUUAUGUGAGUGUGCAAUUGUGUAUGUGUAUGUGUGUGAAAGCAUAAUUAAUUGAUAAUUGAAGACUUCAUUUGUGUUCUUCUUUACAUAUAUUUUUCUAUUUAUAAUUCAAUGUACACAGUGAUCUAGAUCAUAAUUGCAUUUUAUCUUUUCCCAUUUAAAGAUCCUAAAGUCAGUUUUUCAUCUGACAGCAAGAUUAAGGUUUUAUUAGAAAUUGUCUAAUAUGAUGAUGCCUAGCUUCUUUAUACUUAGCUUCUGUAAUGUAGGGGUACCUCCUUUAUUAAUUUGUUACAUAAAGGCUGAUCCCUGUUGAAAUAUUAUCAAGAUCAGUAUUUUCAAAUAUUUUAACUUUUCUAUAGAAAAGUUUUUUUAAAAUACAUAACAUGUGUGUAAUUUUGUACUGUAUUACCGGGUACCCCAUCUAGUUGUAAUGGACUUAUAUCAAAUCUAUAUUUAAAAAAAACCUGUUUUACUAGGUGUUGUGUUCUAUGAUGUCAAACUCUACUACAAGGUGCUAUUCUGUAUGAUUUGUACAUAAUUUAAAAUUUGUAAUUUAUUAUUUAUAAGAUAGGUUGUAAUUUGAAGGAGUUAUCAGCUAAAUAUAUUCCUACCAUAUCACAUUUUAUAUUUCAGUUCAAUUUCUUUUAUAUGAUUUAAUUCAGAAUUUAAUUCAACCAUUGUAAAACAUUUCCUUUGAUCUUACUGAUGCAUAGUAGAGUGAUAUGAAAAAUUAUCACUAGAAACUAAGGGUGCAAGUGCCGUUGUCAAUGUAAGAAACAAAGGUAAAGUAUUGAUAAAUAGAUUAUCGUUUGUCAUCUCAACAUUCUCACUUUUGCUGUACCUGCUGGUGUGAGAAUAUCAAUCUCGUUGAGAGGACAAACAAUAAUCUAUAAAUAUCAUAACUAAGUUAAAUAUUUUCAUUUUAAGUAUAUAAAUAAAGAAGAGUUUGUUAAAUUCAGUCAGUUUGUAAGGAAAUAUAUUUCAUGAACUAGUUGGCAUUGACAUUGUUAAAGAUUAUAUUUGCAUUUUCUGGUAAAUUCAAUAAUAAAAAAAAUAAUCAUCACUUAACUUUAUACCAUGAUGAAUAUUGGAGGGAACAUUGAUUGAGCAAUUUCCCUUGAAAAACAGUAUGUUAUGUGAGUUUAGAUGAAUGAACUAUUUAACACAAUAUGAUUGUUCAUGCUAUUUAUAUGAUAUUUUUUUCUUCAUGAUAUUUUUCAUGCAAUGAAUUUAUACUUUUAAAUAGUGCAGUCCUUUUCAUGUGUUCAGUAGUAUGUUUGUUGAUGUGUAUGGUUUGAAAGGGAAUUAAUACAAUAUGUGUGUCAUGUCACAUUGUUUUGAAAUGAAUGAAAAUAUAUGUUU